CUGCGCGCGACUGCUACAAGGCUGACUCGUUACGUCAUACCGCACCAAAAAGAGAACAGCUGGGGGGCUGCUCUGCGGCGUCUUGACAUUUCGAAUCUUCUGGGGAGCGGCUGUGUGGUACGGACUGCUGAAAUAUCGCUUUGUAGAGCAAGCGAAGGACCGCUUUCUACCUUAAUUACUGUUUGACCGAAUUGUCUCUUAAUCGACCAGACGCCAUGGCACCUAAAGGAAAGGGUUCCAAGUACAGAGGGACAGUGGUGGAGUUCCCAGACUUCAACCCCUCCAGUGAUGCAGAGGUGCUGUACAAUGCCAUGAAGGGAUUAGGCAGUGACAAGGAGACCAUUGUAGAACUCAUCACCUCCAGAAGCAAUGCUCAGAGACAGGAGAUCUGCGCAGCAUACAAAUCCCAGUAUGGGAAGGACCUGAUUGGUGACCUAAAGUACGAACUGACUGGAAAGUUUGAGCGCCUGAUUGUCGGAUUGAUGAGACCGACUGCCUAUCACGACGCCAAAGAAAUCAAAGACGCCAUCGAGGGUAUCGGGACAGAUGAGAAGUGCCUAAUUGAAAUCCUGGCCUCCAGGAACAACAAGCAGAUUCAUGACCUGGUGAAUGCAUAUAAAGAUGCAUAUGGUAGAGACCUGGAGGCAGAUAUUGUGUCAGACACCUCCGGCCACUUCAAGAAGAUGUUAGUGGUUUUACUUCAGGGCACUCGUGAGGAGGAUGACGUUGUGAGUGAAGACCUCGUGGAGCAGGAUGCCCAGGACCUGUUCGAUGCUGGUGAGGUGCAGUGGGGCACAGAUGAGGCCAAGUUCAUAACUAUCCUGGGAAACAGGAGCGUCACUCACCUCCAGAUGGUAUUUGACAAGUACGAAAAGAUUGCAAAUAAGGAAAUAGAAGACAGCAUCAGGGGCGAACUGUCUGGGGACUUUGAGAAGCUGAUGCUGGCAGUGGUGCAGUGCAUCAGGAGCGUCCCCAUGUAUUUUGCAAAGCGGCUCUUCAAAGCGAUGAAGGGCUUGGGCACUGCUGAUAACACCCUGAUCCGCAUUAUGGUCUCCCGUGCGGAAAUCGACAUGCUUGAUAUCCGAGAGUUCUUCCGGCUGAGUUAUGAGAAAUCCCUUUAUAACAUGAUCAAGGACGACACUUCUGGAGAGUACAAGAGGAGUUUGCUGAAACUCUGCGGAGGAGAUGAUGACCUUGCUGGCGAGUUCUUCCCUGAAGCAGCGCAGCUAGCCUACAAGAUGUGGGAAGUUAGCUCCAUGGCCCGCGUGGAGCUCAAGGGAACGGUUCAGCCAGCUGCAAACUUCAAUCCAGACAGUGACGCUCAGGCCCUGCGGAAAGCCAUGAAGGGAUUCGGCACUGACGAAGACAUCAUUAUAGACAUAGUCACCCACAGGAGCAACGCACAGAGACAGGAGAUUCUACAGAAAUACAAAUCCCUUCUGGGCAGGGACUUGAUGGCUGACCUUAAAUCCGAACUGUCAGGAAGUUUGUGCAGACUGAUCCUGGGGCUGAUGAUGACUCCAGCCCAGUUCGAUGCUAAAAUGAUGAGGAAAGCCAUGGAGGGCGCUGGCACAGACGAGAAGGCCUUGAUUGAGAUUUUAACUACGAGGAACAACCAGGAGAUCCUGGCUAUGAACGAGGCUUACAAGGAGGCCUACCACAAGAACCUGGAGGACUCCCUCACCUCAGACACCUCAGGCCACUUCUGCAGGGUGCUGGUCUCACUGGUGCAGGGUAGUCGAGAGGAGGGGCCCGCUGAUCUUGCAAGAGCCCAGGAGGAUGCCAAGAUUGUAAGUGAAGCAUUGGAACUGGGUGAUGCAGUCAACGAUGAGUCCACUUCCAUGGAAACCAAGUUCCUGAGUAUCCUGUGUACCAGGAGCUACCCCCACCUCCGCAAAGUGUUCCAGGAGUUUGUAACUUGCACCAACAAGGAUGUGGAGCAGGUCAUCAGGAAGGAGAUAUCCGGCGAUCUGAAGACAGCGCUCAUUGCUAUCGUCCGAAGCAUUAAGAACAAGCCUUCCUACUUUGCUGACCGACUCUACAAGUCUAUGAAGGGACUAGGCACGGACGACCGCACCCUCAUCAGAGUCCUGGUAUCCCGAAGCGAGAUCGACCUGUUCAACAUCCGACGAGAAUACAAAGAGCUGCACGAUGUGUCCCUGCACGAGAGCAUCAAGGUCGAAGCGCUCUGUGGUGAUACGUCAGGUGACUAUCGCAAGGCCUUGCUGACUCUCUGCGGUGGAGAGGAUUAAAACCAAGAGAGCAGAACCCUUUGAUAACCUAGAAUAUCAUUAGAGUUGUGCACCAAUUCCCCUUUACUUUACAGUAAACCAUGAAGGAACUGCAAGAUGCACCCACAAGCUGUGUAGCUGGGAAUUCUCAGCAAAAUCAUCUUAGAGUUUAUACAUAUUUGGUGGAAAUCUGUAAAUUACAAUUUUCAGGAUAAUAAUAAUAAUAAUCAUCUUUUUUAUGUUGAUCUAUAAAGAUACACAUGAGAUAAACUUAUUAUGGCUUUUUACUAGCUUCAGUGCUUUGCCAAAAAACAACACUUGCCUUACACUCAUGCUGCCUCUGUGCUAGAUACCAGCUAGUUUUCUGUACCUCAAAGUGAAAUGCAUAUGAAAAAGGCAGACCUUAUUCUUGGUAUAAAUCUAUACUUUGCUGCAAUGCUGUGAAGUUUAAAGAGUUUAAAGACAAGCUUCCCGUGGCUGUAUUACAACAUGAAUGAUUAUUGUGAACAUUUUCACAUUUCUGUUAUUUCACAGAAACCUACACUGAUAAUGUGCAAUUUUAAAGUGUUCAACUAAAUGGUGAAGUUAAAAAAAAAAAAUCUUUUUUUUGUG